CAUUUGACAUCACAUGGCACAGAAAGAAAAAGUAGCAUACUGAGUUGCAGAAAUCAAACCACAGUAAACUUUUAACAGUGCAUUUGGUAAAACUCUAGAGCAGAAAACGCUGUGAGGGAUUGUAUCAUCUGAUUAAACAAAAGCAAGUACAGGUAAAAAGACCCUUGAGCAAUGUACUUGCAAGCUUAUUUCAUCAUUGUGCUGAGCACAGUGCUGGUGAAGACAACUGAUCCUGACCAGUGCAGAUGUGAAGAUAAAGUGAAUGCUUGCAUUAUCCGUGAUGGAAGUCCUGGUGCUAAUGGAUUACCAGGCAGAGAUGGGUUCCCAGGGCCUAAAGGUGAAAAGGGAGAGCAAGGAUUACGAGGGGUCCAGGGCCCCCCAGGAAAAGCUGGGCCUCCUGGAUUGAAAGGAGAUCAUGGUCCCACAGGAGAGAAAGGUUCACCUGGAACUUGUGAUGAUUCAGAGCUGGAGCUCCUUAAAACACAGAUGAAGGCUUUACAGGCAGAACUACAGACUGUAAAAGAAGAGGUUACCAAAAUAGUGAAAGCUCAACCUGUUCCUAAUGGCACAAGGGUUGGUGAAAAAACAUUCCAAACAGAUGGCUCCAAGGGCGGAUAUGAAGUUGCUCAAUCCAAAUGUGUGCAGGCUGGUCGUGUGCUCGCUUCUCCAAGGAAUGCUCUUGAAAAUGAUGCUUUGCGUGAAAUAGUGAGGACGCAUAACACGCGUGCAAUGCUUGGAAUAAAUGAUAGGCUAAUCGAGGGUACGUUUAAGUAUCCAGAUGGAGAAACAAUAGGAUACACAAACUGGAGCAAAAAUGAACCAAAUGAUGCAAGUGGAGAAGAUGAUGCAGGUGGAGAAGACUGUGUAGAACUUUUUGGAAAUGGGAAAUGGAACGAUGUGCCUUGUAGUCAUGAAAGACUAAUAAUUUGUGAAUAUUAGUUUAGAUGUCAUUACAAAGAUUAUAACGUUUUGUACAUUUUAGUUAUAACUUUCAGUCAGUAGAACAAUACUUAGUUGAUCAAUCAUCUGCCUAAGACUUAGGCACUAGCUGACCAAUUAAAAACAUUUAUUUUUGAGUA